CCCCGUGCCAAGAUGGUGGUUCUCUCUAAGGAAUACAGCUACGUGGCUCUCACUGGUGCCGCAAGUUUUGUCUUGAUAACGUACCUCGCAGUAAAUGUGGGGAAAGCACGCAAGAAAUACCACGUGGAGUACCCAGAUAUGUACAGCACGGACCCUGAGCACGGGCGCCUCUUCAACUGCAUCCAGAGGGCACACCAGAACACGCUGGAGGUGUAUCCCUGCUUCCUGUUCUUUCUCGGUGUAGGUGGAAUCUACCACCCGCGUGUCACUGCAGGCCUCGGCGCAGCAUGGAUCCUCGGAAGACUCCUCUAUGCCCACGGCUAUUACACGGGGGAUCCCAGGAAGCGCAGCCGCGGCAUCCUCGGCUCCAUCGCCAUGCUCGGCCUGGUGGGAGUCACCACCUUCUCGGCGUUUCAGCAGCUGGGCUGCAUCCACUGAUUAGGCAGCGCUCCUUUCGGGGAUCCCUCGGAAAUCUCUGGGUUUUUUCCAAGGCUGCUGUUUUUACCUUCACUUGAGAAAAUAAAACGAACCGUCGCCGA